GGCGCCAUGGCGGCGGCGGCUGCAGCUACAGACCUGUGUCCGGAGGCCGCAGUAGCGGAUGAAGCUGCAAAUCCGCAUUGGGUGUCGCCGGAGCACAGCUUGGCUGGGGCAACAACCCGGCCAGGCGAUGACCAAGAUGCACCGGUGCGGCCGCUGUGCAAGCCCCGCGGCAUAUGCUCACGCGCCUACUUCUUGGUGCUGAUGGUGUUCGUGCACCUGUACCUAGGCAACGUGCUGGCUCUACUGCUCUUCGUUCACUACAGCAACGGCGAUGAGAGCACGGAUCCCGGACCCCAACGCCGCGCCCAAAGCCCCCGGCCCAAGUCAACUUUGGGCCCCCUCACUCGCCUCGAGGGCAUCAAGGUGGGGUACGAGCGUAAGGUCCAGCUGGUUACCGACAGGGAUCACUUCAUCCGAACUCUCAGCCUGAAGCCGCUGCUCUUUGAAAUUCCUGGCUUCCUGAGUGACGAGGAGUGUCGGCUCAUCAUCCACCUGGCACAGAUGAAGGGAUUACAGCGCAGCCAGAUCCUGCCCACUGAAGAAUAUGAAGAAGCAAUGAGCAGUAUGCAGGUCAGCCAGCUGGACCUCUUCCGGCUGCUGGACCAGAACCACGACGGUCGCCUGCAGCUCCGAGAGGUACUGGCCCAGACUCGCCUGGGAAAUGGACGGUGGAUGACUCCAGAGAAUAUUCAGGAGAUGUACUCCGCGAUCAAAGCAGAUCCCGAUGGUGAUGGAGUGCUGAGUCUGCAGGAGUUUUCUAACAUGGACCUUCGGGACUUCCACAAGUACAUGAGGAGCCACAAGGCGGAGUCCAGUGAGCUGGUGCGGAACAGCCACCACACAUGGCUCUACCAGGGUGAGGGUGCCCACCAUGUCAUGCGUGCCAUCCGCCAGAGGGUGCUGCGCCUCACUCGCCUGUCACCUGAGAUCGUGGAGCUCAGCGAGCCACUGCAAGUUGUGCGGUAUGGUGAGGGAGGCCACUACCAUGCCCAUGUGGACAGUGGGCCUGUGUAUCCAGAGACUAUCUGCUCCCAUACCAAGCUGGUGGCCAACGAGUCGGUACCCUUUGAGACCUCCUGUCGGCAAGUACCUCCCACCUGGGGACUGGCUUCAAUUCCCAAAUCAGGCAUCCUCAUAACACUGGCACAGCCUGACGCUAUGGACCUGACUCUUAGAAUGGAGUCAGGAAGGCACUUGGCCAUCCUGGUCAAUGAUGCUCUUAAUCUCUUCCCAAAGUUGUUUACCAAAUGGCAGAAAAAGCUGGCUACUGGCCAUUUUGUCCACUUGAGUCAAUGUAGACUAAAGUAUCCAGAGACACCAAAACUUGCUCCCAAAACUUUGAAGCAAGGGACAAUGCUGGGCACUCAGCUCUUUCAAUCUACUCCCCCAGUUAUCGAUCUUGACUCCACUGCUUGGAGGUCUUGGUCUCUCUCUAAAGCUGUGUCCCUGCCCCUGCCAAGGCACAAAGUUAGGUCUCUCCUUUUCAUGUGGCUUUCUGGCUCAGCCUUUUAUAGUCCCCACAAAGACCUUGUGCAUGAUCUUCCUGCUUCUAAUAGCUAACUUUCCCAGCCAGGCCCUUAGUCAUGUAACUCAGCUAUGCGUGAUCUUGGCCAAAAAAGCAUUGGCACACACAAAAAGAGACUGGGUUUGUGGAAAGAAGGAGGGGCUAGAGAUACUCUGGCAUUGGACUACCCUGUUGUCAUCCAUCCUAGCCUGUCCCUCUGACCCCUGGGAACCUGGGUAGCUUUUCCUACCCACGAGUAAGCCCUUGGGAAUGUCUGUAGCUAGGGACCUGCUCAGAAGCCCCCCUGCCUUACAGCUACAUGACAGUGCUGUUUUAUUUGAACAACGUCACCGGUGGGGGCGAGACUGUCUUCCCUGUAGCAGACAACAGAACCUACGAUGAAAUGG